AUGAAGAGCACAGAGAGCACAGCCCUCGUCGGCGAGCGGCGAUUUACUACGACCCGUAAUACGCUCGUUGGCGAAAGCGUGUAUUUUCGUGCUCGUCUUUCCGGUAGCUGGAACGACGCUGACGAAGAUGGCUCGUACUUUGUGGAUGCGGAUCCAACCCUGUUCGAACACGUUCUCCGCUAUCUUCGGAGGGGCAAUCCUCCGCUGUUCUUCAACGUCACCACGCAGUCUCAUGAUUACGCAAUGUAUCUGGCUCUCCUCGGCGAGGCAAAAUAUUUUGGUAUCUCCAAGUUGGAGGAUUGGAUCCAGAACGAGCGUUAUCUGGCUGCCGUCAGAGUUCGAUACAGCAUCGAUAUCUUUGGUGGCAGCAAUAUCUUCCAGGCACUACCGAGACACUUUAAUACUGUGAAUGCCAACACCAAGUUCGAUUUCUCAUAUGCCUUGGGGAGUUCAAAGGUUUUUGUAUGUCCUCGAGCUGUCGCCGAAUAUCGCGGACACCCGGAGCGAUGCGGUGCAAAGUGCAACAAGACUCGUAACGGGCUACCCGCCAUUUUCGAGGAUGAGCCGAGAUUGCAGGUGGCAUGCAUUAAGACGGAAGUGCUUUUCGAAGCGGGACUCGGUAACGGCUCGACCAAUGUCAGGAAGUUUAGGAAUCCAUCAAGUUGUACCAUGCAAUCACAAUUUUGA